GAUAUAGUCACAUGUAACUGUUAUUUUGUUUCAGCUUGAAACUUCAAAGGACCCGAUAGCUGAUUUUAUUAAUUGUUUAUGUGCGGAUACAGUGUCCUUUGCUGGGAAAUAUACGUACAUAGAAUUUAUGGAACAUUCCUCAGAAUUGAACAAUCUCAGCUCAUUUCCCCAGUUGACAGAGAGAGCUAAAUCUAUUGGCUACAAUAUUUCGAAGGUGGUAUUUCGGGGCUACUUUGCCCAUGAUAAGCUUCAGAAACUCCAUGAUGGUGCGAUAGAAGUCAGAACAAGACUGAAGAUAGCUUAUGAAUCUGAAGAGCAGGAUCAAAGAAUGACCGACUUAAAACUGAAGAAUGAAAAGGAUAGAAUAGAUAUGGAACAGAAGAUUGAAGUAGAAGAGUUGACACAUAGACAUAGUAUGGAAAAAUCUAAGAUAGAGCAUAAACUAGAGAUGGAGAAAAGAUCUGAGGAAGAUAAAAGACGAAAAUGGGAGGUGGAGAGGAAAGGAGAAUUACAGGCCACCAAUUUGCAGGAUGAGCAAAAACUAGACUACUUCAAUAACCUACAUGGUUUGGGUGUAGAUUUAAACCAGUACAUUCAGUCUCUGUCACCAAGGCCAGAGAAAAUUACUCGGAUUGUUGCCCCGGACAACUCCACAAGCCUUCAUCUUCAUCAUUCCUGAAACAAAACUCUUAAAUCUGUGAUAUUUCUUUCUUAAAUUCAAGUAAAUUUAGUGUUUUCUACAGCAAAAUCUGUUGAUGGUCUCUGAUAUAAUCCAUUUCCAUGUAUAAAUGUUCAAGCACUUGGGUCAAAUAAAAAGCAAUUUUGUCAAAUAAGGGUUGUCUCCCUUACACCAUGAAUGCAUUAUUAUUGUAGAAUGUAUCAUUGUUUAUUUGUGGAUCAGUUUAUAAGAUAUUUAUUUACUCUAUCAGAGUUAAUGUUUGUGGUUUCAGUACCGAGCUUAGAUGCUUAUUUCAAGUCGGCAAGGUUAAAGCAAAGCGACUUAUACAUUCACAAGCUUUUAUGAGAAUUGUAAUGUAAUACUAGAGUAACUGGCUCAUGGAUUUUUUUUCUUGGAAGUUAGUCUCUGAAAAUAAAAUAAAAUGAAACGAUGAACCAAUAAGCUCACGACUAAAGUUGGUAAUUUUCUAUACUGAUUUGACUUGUUGAAAUACCAUAGUUUAAUUUAAUGUAUACUGGUAGAUCUUUAUUCUAUGAAAAAUGUUGAAUAUUAUUCUUUUUUAUCCUACAUGUGUAAUAGUGUAAUAUAAUAAUAUUUAUUAUGUUUUAUAUGGACAUAUUUGUAUUUUAAGUCAGUGAUAUUAUACACAUUUUUCUUUUCGUAUUUAAAUCCAUAUUAAUUAUUUUUAAUAUACCUUAGUUUUACUUUACCUUUGUUUUACAAGUUAUCCUUUGUGUUUUUUUUUACUUCUGAUAUCAUACAUUUUAUUUUUCAUAUUUCUAUUUUUAACCUGUACAUAAUGUUACAUUGUUGACCAUUGUGUACCAUUUUAUUAACUUUUCUACUUUAUCUUUAUCACAUUUAUGUAGCAAACCUCGGAUGACAGAC